AUCAAGCAGCUAGCGCUGGCAUCACCAAGAAGCAAUCCUGGCAGCAUGAGCAGCUCAACAGCUCCGGACCGGAUAGCUUCGCUGCGCCCGCGGCUCGUGCGUGGCCUGCGCAUCGCCUCGCACGCCAGCGCCGUCGCGCUCGGCCUCUUCCUCGUGGUGCACCUCAGCGCGCCCGCCACGGCCGCGGUCGCCCCGCCGGGCAUGGCGCAGGACUGGGCCAGCAAGACUAUGCUGCUCGGACGUGUCUACUACCAGGGCUAUGUCUCUGAGCCGCUUCUCGUCUGGGGAUCGCUGGGCGUCCACGCCGUCUCUUCGAUUUCCAAGCACCUGCUACUCCUCGCGGCACCGAAGGCAUCGUCCUCCGACUCACCACGAAGUCGCUCGCGGCUGUCUUCUGCGCACACGCUCUCCGCUCUGGCGCUUCUUCCCGCAGUCUCCAUCCACGCGCUCACCACCCGCGUGGUGCCAGCGCAGAAAGGCGUCAGUGCGUCGCUCGACCACAGCUUCAUUGCACGAGGCUUUGCGCGCUGGCCUCGCCUUUCAAGCGUGCUCUACGCCACGCUGCUCGGUGCUGCAGCAGUCCACAUCGUCGGCGGCGUGCGGCGCAUCUUCCGUGCCAGGCCACGACAGAAGGAUCAGACGAUUGCAGCGGGCCAGCGCGAGGCGGCUCGCAGCGCAGACGCCGCCAAGCGAAAGCGACGACGAGAAGACGCGCAGAAAGCUGGCGCUGCGGGAGCACUGCUGCUUCUCCUCGCGGGUCUGGCUCGCAUCGUGCGGGAUGGUGCACUGGCUGGGCCGGGCACACUGGCCAAGUACGAUGCGUGCUAUGCUGCCGUGUGGCCGUUCCGUGCGGCGCCGUGAAUCAGAUUGCAGUUCAUGCCCGUCUUGAGAGGGAGCAAGACGCCAGAAGGACUAUGCAUGAGCAUGCGUCCGCAGCUCGCAGAGGCUUCGCCAGGAAUCGCCGCAGAGCACAGCGCUGCAGU